UCUAGCCAUAAAUUCUUUUCGAUUCAAUUCAAAGACGUGUUAACUGUUCACUCCUACAUGAUUCAUAGUAAAUUCUUUCUAUCUGAAAUACCUUUCUUAACAGAGUCGCUAUUCCCAAUUUAAAAAAGGGUGCUGUUUCAUACUGAGCAUUCUCAAACUCGAGUCUCUGGGCAUCAGUUUCUAUUUCUAGCGUUCGUAACUCUUGCUUUUCGGCAUCAUCGUGUAAGGUGAAGGGAAUGCAUGUCUUGUGCACCUGCGGUUGGUACUUCUGGAGGAAUUAUAUCUUCCUGGAAGAAAAAGAACUAGGCAGGGAUUUUGCCUGGCGGAAGGUGGUGUGUGGUUUUCAUGAGAAUAGCUCAGUUUCACGCUGGAAAAUAUUCCAUCUUUGCAUCACCCUAGUCAUGGAUUUCAGAGAUAACACAAAGCCAGCUAGUGUCCCACCACUGGGUCUUAUUUAUAGUGGAUAUGGUGGCAAAAGCUCUGCAGAAGAUCUAGCAUGGGCCGAUUCCUGCCUUUGUCCAGAUGCUGAACUAUCACAGGGUGGCUUGAAUUCAUUCGGAAAUGCCUUUGCUUUAUUAGGGAUUCAUGGUUCCAAACUGAAAUCUUCCGUUGAAGAAAAUGUUGAAUUUCGUGAAGCAGGUGAAAGAAAGUUUUUUCUCAAUAAAAAAGGUAGAAACUCACAAGUGUCAGAUGAAAUAACAUCUGUUGAUUCUCUAAGAAAUGAACAAGAGGGGGGAAACAUGAUAGAUUAUGAUCAGAUCAGUGAAACAACUGAUACUUUCAACACAAGAUUUAACUUGGAUAAUGUUUUCCUUCCUACGUACAAUGAAAACCAGAUGAUAUUCGCAACUGUUGAUCCUGAGCUAGACUCGAUCUUUCCAGCAUUUGUGGAGGACCAGCCAGCUGAUAACAUCUUUAAGGUGUGGGAACUAGACAUCCCAGACGAGGAAGAUGAACUCAUUGGACAAGUGAAAAAAGCCGUAGCUGAGAGCGCCUUAGAGCCUGAAGCUUCCGUCUCUAAACGUUCUGUAGUGUGGAUAGAAUCGGAUGCUCCAUCACUUGAUGAUCUCAUUUCAGGCAUUGAUGACCUGUCUUUGAGCAGGGAGUCCAGCUAAAGGCUAACCAAUGAUCUCAUUGUUUUAGUUAUGCUAAUUCUAUGUUAUGGUUUUCAUGGCAUAGCCCUACUUAUGUGUGAGUUUAUUCCAAUAUAUCUACAGAGCAUACGAUUUUACCCAUGUACAUGAUUAUUCUACUUGUGAAUCUUAAUCAAAAGAUCUUUUAUCAUUUUGUAUCAUGUCAUUUGCUCAAUGACAAAUGAUCAUUGCACAAUAGCCCUCUCUAGAAGUCUAGAGGGACUAAGCGUGAAGAUUAAUACUCUUAAGUUCCUA